AGGAGAGAACUGUAUUGUUUAGAGUUCUCUCCCCUGUCGGUAAUACUCGGUGAUCACCAGGUAUGCAGACUCUGCAUUGCAUAGCCAUACAAAGCAGUGUGCUUACAGUUGAAAGUACACACAGUACAUAAUGCGAAACCGCAAAGUUAACCCUUUGAUUGCCCCACAUGUUAACCCCUUCCUGCCCAGUGCCAUUAGUACAGUGUCAGUGCUUUUUAUUAGUACUGAUCACUGUAUUUGUGUCACUGGGGAUGUCAGUGACACAAAGUUGGUCCCCCUCAGUGUCAGAAUGUCUGCUGCAGUCCCGCUAAAAGUCGCU